AUGAAUGGCGAGAACACACUGAAAGCACGAAACUUGUGGGCGGAAGAAGAGGACAGAAUAUUGCGUAGCGAGGUUAUCAAGCAAGCAUCGAGACUGGGAAAGCCUAGAGACUGGCGAGCAAUUGCCGAGAAGUUGCCGGGGAGAAGUAACAAAGAUUGUAGGAAACGCUGGAUCAAGCUGGAUAGUAAGAUCAACAAGGGUCUUUGGAGUCAAGAGGAGAACAAGCGCCUUCAUGAGGCCGUUGCAAAGUAUUCUACUGUAUGGACCGAGGUUGCUCAGGCAGUCGGCACUCGUCAACCAGACCAAUGUGCCAAACGUUGGCAACACUUUUUGGACCCGGGCUUGGAUCGCAGUGAAUGGACGUCAGAGGAAGACAAUAUCUUGCUCGCAGAAGUUGAGAAGAAAGGUCGAAAUUGGAAACAGAUAGUUGAUGAAGUGCUACCUCGUAGGUCCGCCAAUGAUGCAAAAAACAGGUUCACAAUCUUACACCGCAUGAGACAAACUACGAACAAUUCAAACUCUGCCUCCCCACGGCCUACAAGCAGACCGACGACGGCUACUGCAGAGUCCUCACCUUCACCACAGCCCGACUUUAAUCCGCAGUUCUACGGCAUGACUCCUGAGUCCAUGGGUAGCUCUCAUGUAAACUCUAACCCUAAGAUACGUGGAGAGGCACAUGUCUCCGCGGAAUUAGGGCAUGACGAUUUCCAUCUUGGUAGUAAUAAUAUGUUUUUCCAAAGUGCCAACAGAGCUGGCAAGGAGCCUUCAAACACAGCCAGCCCUUCUUUCAUGAGACCGAGUGGUAGCACUUCUGAAAUACUAGGAGAGAUGGACACAGAGCCCACAGCAUCGUCACUAGAGUCCUGGGUAGAUUACGUGAUUGGUAACGGUUUACUGGCGGGAACCGACUGCUCUCCACCAGCACUCUGUGACGACGAUAGCAGAAUGGACACGACUCGGAGCGAAGAAGGCGAAAUGCAACUUGACCCUACUAUUACUACUACUACUACUUCCACCAACACUGAUCCGAGGCUUGCAGUCGACGAGUUGCAAUCAAGUCUUGGGUGGGAUUGGGAUCAAAUCCCAGAUACGGACUUGGAGCCGCAAGAUCGGGAAUCUAUCAAGAGCAGGACUAUGAUUCUUCAGCAGAUGCAACCUGAGCAAAUCUCACGUGUCAUGGAUUUGCUGCUCUCAUGGAACACACCAAUUGACGUAAAAAUCGUGAACCGGGAAUGA